AUGAGCUCCACCUACAACAACAGGCCCCUCUACACCGCCAGGCCCCCUCCAGGUCUCAGGCGCAAGCUGUGGGACUGGUCAACCAGGUUUGAGGUCACCUUCGCCUUGAGUAUGAUGCAUCCCUGGGAAAAAGCGGUCAUUUGGACCACCCUCGCGCUCAUCACCCUCCUCUUCUGGUUCUCCCUCUAUUCGUAUCUUCCCGCACACGUCACCUACCUCCAAAGGCGCUACGCCUACUACGUCUAUGGCGAUGAGAAUGUCGAGUUGGAUUGGUUCAUCGGUCGUGUCAAGGACUUGGUUGGGACCCAGAUGUUGAGGGGUGCCGGGGAGGUGCAGAAGGGGAUGGGGAUGGCCGGGGGGCAUAGUUUGGAGCUUUAG